CCUCGUGAAUAAACAGAGUGAUACAUCUUCAUUUUUUAAAACCUUUGUGCUCGACUUUGACACCUCGUGACGUCACAUAUCUUAAAGGGACAGUGGCGGUUUCUUUUUUUUCAAGUUUUAUAUGAAAAUAAAAACUAUUUACACAUUAAAUAUCUGCUUUAGAAUUUAUUCUGUGACAUGUUGUAAUAAAUCUGUUGGGGAAAAUAUAAAAUGUGUUUUAAUUAAUGAAUGCAAAUUACCUUUAAAUCAAUUAAAUGUGUUUUAUUUUUAUUUUCAUGAAGGAAUCAAUGAGUAAAAUAAGGGUUUAUUUUAUUCUGCCCUCUCGUGGCCACAGCAUGAACUUCAUCUUCCUCGGUUUGUCUCAAAAACAUUUUUAUUUCUAAAGUUAAUGAUGUUUAAAUUGAACGUUAGUUAUAGUUUUCUGUGAUAAUAUCAGGAGAGGAAAACAUAACAUAGUAGAAAAAAGAAAAUACUGGUAAAAAUAUAAUAAUUAGAAAAAGAAACUUCAUGGUUUUUACCUAAAUUUUUGUAAAUAGAAAUAAGUCAUCAUAUUUAACUAUUGUUUUUGUUUGUUUGUUUUUUAAAAGGAAAAAAAAAAACAUUUUUUAUCCUGACAUGAAUUUGUUUAUCAUUGUGUUUGGUUUGGAGCUAAAAGGUGCAGAUUAAAUUCAGAAAAUAAAAAUAUAUAAAAUAACAAAACAUUUUCUCAUCGUAUUUAAUUUGUCAUUUUAUCACAUAUUUGGGACGUGUUUUGUGUUUUUUCAUUAUUCUUAUUUUUAAUUGUCAGUGUUCGGGCUCCGUAGCUGAAGCUCCUCCGUCCUGGUCCAGAGCAGGUGUUUUAUUCUGGUAAUAAUAUGAAUUCAUGGAGUAAAGAUGUUUCUAAAGGACGCAGCGUCCUCUCCUCCGGUCUCCACGGUGAACGAGCCGCUGAGUAACAGGAAGACGGCCGCUCCUCUUCCUCCUCUUCCUCCUCCUCCUCCUCUUCCUCCUCCACCCUUCCUCCUCCUCCUCCUCUCUGAGCAGCUAUAGGAUCGCCUCUUCUUCUCCUGGAUGCUUCUCCCUGAUCUCCUCCUGGUUUCUCCUUCGCUGUCUGGAGCUGAUUCAAACCAACAGGACGUUCGUCUGCAACAUGCAGAAGGUGGAGGGGCGGGUGACUCCGGUCCUGCCUUCUUCCCGGGGCCCCAGUACUCCGGGUUCUCCGGCCGCCGGCAUCACGGCGCGAGUCAACGAUCAGGUGGUCGGGUACAGAGACCUGGCCGCUCUGCCCAGAGACAAGGCCAUUCUCCAGGUAGAGAGACCCGACCUCAUGACCUACCAGCCACACCUGAGCUUCUCCCCCCUCGACCCCCCACGCAGAGAGCGUUCUCUGUCUCCUCCGUCCACGUCUCCAACCAGGUCUCCUGAGGUGAAGGGGCGCAGGGCAGAGAGUGACAGCGGCUCCCCCGGAGGAUCAAUGCUGCAACUGCAGGCUGAACGAAAGAUCAGCACCAGCCUGCAACACUUCCACCGGCCAGAUAAUGGGACCAACAUCUACCGGAAGCCUCCCAUCUACAAACAAGACGGUAAACCCGUGGAGGGUCGUGGUGUCGUCCAGUCGGCAAAGUUCCCAGCAGCUCAGCCUCCAGACCCCAACCAGCCCUCCAAGAUAGAGACGGAGUACUGGCCCUGCCCCCCGUCGCUGGCCUCCAUGGAGAUCGAAUGGAGGAAGAAGAAGCUGGAGGAGGAGGAGGACGAGUUCGAGGACCUGACGGAGGAGGCGAAGACGCUGCAGGAGCAGGAGCUGGAAAAGAUCAAAUCCAACCUGGGACGUCUGAUCCUGAAGGAGGAGAAGGAGAAAGCCGUCAACUACCGGAGGAAGACACAGUCUCUGCCAGACAGAACCCACAUGCACGGCAGUUUGUCAGCGAGUGCUUCCAAGUCUCCAUCACGAUCAGCUCUGACCAGAAUGCAGUCAGCUGAGUUUUCCACAGAUGGAGAUAAAAGUCGACCAGCUGCUCAGAACGGUGAAGCUCGGAGGGAGCGCAUGGACCGAGGGAACUCGCUCCCCAGCAUCCUGGAGCAGAAGAUCUACCCAUAUGAAGCUCUGAUUGUGACCCAUAGGGGGCGCAUUAAGCUGCCACCAGGAGUCGACCGCACUCGUCUGGAGAGGCAUCUGGCUCCGGAGGACUUCCUGCGGGUCUUCGCGAUGCCCAUGGCCGAGUUCGACCGCCUCUCGCUCUGGAGACGAAACGAACUGAAGAAGAAAGCUUCGCUUUUCUAACAGGAAGUGACCUCGUCCCAAAAAGAUAGGAAACAAAAACACUGGACGAAGCUUUGAAAGGAGGAAGAGGAGAAACAACCAGGCCAUGACUUCAGAUAUUUAAACCCACACGGAGAUUUGUUGUGUUAGUCCGCGCAGAAGACGCGUCUAUAACUAACAGUAGCCCCGCCCCCAGCGUGGAUCCGACCAAUCAGGAUGGUCCUCAUUAACCCUUUACCUCCACCGAUGCACUGACACUCAUCCACGAUACCUGUGCUGCACUUAUAACCUCACCUGCUUGCAAACCAUCAUUGUGUCUCAUCAUCAUAAUCAUCUUCAUCAUCAUAAUCAUCUUCAUCUUCAUCACCAUCCGCGCUACACGGUGAUUAGCUUUUAGCUUAGGUUAGUUGUUCUGGUGGGGGUGGAGACAUCGUACCAAGGCCACGCCUCCUGCCCCGAAUCCAAACACAAACAUCGUGACCUGGACCAAACAAAGCCGCCAUGUUGAAUGUUGUGAACGAUCCCUGUACCUUCACAGUUUUCUAUACGGACAUUACUAAUGACUGCUAGCUAGUUAGCUAGCUAGCUACAUAUCUAACAGGCUAACUAGCUAGAUUAGCUCAGCUCAGCAGUUCAGCCUUAAGUUUGGGUUUUCUGAGCUUGUCAAGCUGGUGAUAUAGCGAGCUAGCUAGCUAGCCAGAGCUAGCCAGCUAGCUAGCUAGCUACAUGUGUAAUCAGCUGUGUGGUUCGACCCCGACACAAGGUGGCGCCUGCGUCCUUUAAAUCAUCCAACAACCAAUCAGAUCGCUUCGUUCCUACAGGAGCCUCACAGGGACAAACCAAAAACAUUGGUUUGAAUCAGAGUUUGAAGAACAGACUAAUAAAAUUAUUUAAAGCCAAAACUUUAAGCUUUUACAUUUGUGUAUUUAAUAUUUAAUGUGUGAACAUAUUUAUAAUAUUUAACAACAGUAAUGUUACAUUUAGUUAAAAACAUUAAUGUCCCUUUAGACUGAACCAGACAUUCAGACUGUUUUAACGCGUGUUUAACAGUAGAGGGCGACGUCUCGUUACUGAACUCUUUCAGAUUCAAACCAGAUUCAUCUUUAGAUGCUGAUGCAGAGUCUAUUUAUUACCAGGAGCUUUUUAUUUAUUCACUGCAUCAGUCUGUGAGGUUUAUUUGAUGAUCGUCUUCGUUGUUGUACAGUUUUCUUACGUUGUGGCUUCAGUCUGAAUAAGAUCAACAUGUAGGGUCGGUCCUGGACCCUGAGCUAGAACGUCCGUCUCAUCCAUCGCUUCGUCCUGUUUCUGUUGUACCAGUCAAAUAAAACGCUGACAAACGUC